AUGGCUGCCCCGACGCCGAACAAGCCCUCCGACUCCUUCAGCCUGCAUUCCAUCAGCCAGGACAGCGCAGUCCUGAUCAACGACGAUGCAGCACCGCAGGCCGAAUCUUCUCUGCAGCAGACGGGCCCCCUUCCCGCUCCCGCACCUGCAGAUCCAGUAGAGCCCCAGGCACCCCAGGGCGAUGUGCACGACAAUGCGCAGCACGAGCAAGACGAUCCCUACGACUACGUCUCUGAUUCGGGCUUUGACAGCGGCAGUCUGCUCGGAGACGAGACGGACACGCUGGCAUCGUCCAUAAUGAACUACCGCAUAGAGAACGGGCGACAGUACCACGCGUACAGAGAUGGCGCUUACUGGAUCCUGGACUUUGCCCAUCACAUGUAUCUGCUGACACUAGACCAUAAACUGCAUGUUGCGCCAAUCAAACACCCGCAGACGAUCCUCGAUGUCGGCUGCGGCACAGGGAUAUGGGCAAUCGACAUGGCAGACCAGUACCCCGGCGCAACAGUCAUCGGCACCGACCUCUCUCCCAUCCAGCCGGAGUGGGUACCUCCAAACUGCCACUUCGAAAUCGACGAUGUGACGCUCGAGUGGACGUUUCCCUCGGACCACUUCGAUUUCAUCCACAUCCGCGAACUCUUCGGGUGUAUACCGGACUGGGACUUCUUCUUCGAGCAGGCGUACGAGCACUGCAAACCCGGUGGCUGGAUAGAAAUCGUCGAACACUCGGUGCAGCCGAUUUGCGAUGACGGGAGCAUGGGGCCGGAUCACUUUUUUCAUCUCUGGGGGAAGACGGUAGUGGAGAUGGGGGAUAUUUUUGGAAAGAGCUUUACUAUUUGGAGCGAGAGCAAGGAGAGGAUGGAGAAGGCUGGAUUUGUAGAUGUCGUUGAGGUGACGUACAAGUGGCCCAUGAAUGGUUGGCCUGAAGACAGGAAAAUGAAGAAUAUCGGGCGGUGGAAUCAGCUGCGGUUGCAUGAAGGUAUUGAGGGGUUUAUGAUCAGGCUGUUGACCCAGGUCGGAGGGUGGUCCGUUGCCCGCGCCCAAGUCUUCCUCGCCGAAAUGCGCAGGUCGCUCAAGGAGUACAAGACUCACGCCUAUCUCCCUGGCACUGUUGUAUAUGGAAGGAAACCGCUACAUAAAUAG